AUGCCUUCCUUCACCCCCGACUCUCACCUCGACCUCCUCUUCGCGCCUGAGCUCAUUCCUUCUGAUGUACAAGCCCAACUUGGAUCGGAUUUGCAUAUGCGACCCCUCGCCAAGGACGACCUCUAUCGCUCACACCUCUCCGUCUUGCGGGUGCUCACAUCAACGCCCGAGCUCACUGAGGAGCAAUACACCCAGGCGUUCAACCGGCUCAAGUCGUGCCCCAACACCUACUUCACACUCGUCAUCAUCAACCGCGCGACGGACCAGGUCGUGGGCGUCGGCUCGGUGUUCAUGGAGCAGAAGUUCACGCGCGGGCUGGGCGUGGUGGGCCACAUCGAGGACAUUGCGGUCGAUAAGAGCGUGCAAGGCCGCAAGCUGGGCUUGAGGAUCAUCCAGGCGCUCACGACCAUUAGCGAGAGGGUGGGGUCGUACAAGACGAUUUUGAACUGCAGCGAUGCCAAUAUUCCUUUCUACGAGAAGUGUGGAUUCCAGAAGAAGGAGAACGAGAUGGCGAGGUACCACAACACCAGCUCCAACGCAGCAGCCACCACCGCCGCCCUACUGCCCUCAUCCCUCUCCGAGCGUCCCCUCCACACGCCCCGACUCUGA